AUGGAUAAUAAUGGAAGCUCUCCUGAGAGACUGAAAGAAAUGAGACUUAUAAAAGAGGCCAUGAGCGAUGAUAAUUUUAGAAAGAUUUUCAUGAAGGGGUAUAAAACUCUACACACUAGUCCAGCUAGAAAUAAUUCUAAGGAAGUUGAGAAAAUUUUACAAAGACAAAUAAUCCAAACUGAUGAGCAUGAGUACUUUUAAAAAAGAAUCAAGAAUCAAAAGACUAAAUCUAUUGACAUUUCAUUUCCAAAUACAAUGAGAAUAUCUUCAAAUAUCGAAAGAGAGAGCAUCUAUAACAUUAGGAAUCUAUUGAGACAAAACAGAAUAUUUCAUAAUACCUUUAAACCCAAUCUUGAGACUAUAGGCACAAAAAAGUUUCUAAAUGGAGUUUAUUCCCCAAAUCAGCCUGACAGUAAAGAUGAAAUAAUGAUAGCGAUACAGGAUUAUGCUUUUAAAACUGGAAAUUACAAAGACUAAUCAGUUAAACUCUAUGAAAUAUUCAAUAGAGAAGAACUCUCAAAAACUCCCAAAGAAGAGGAACCCUUAAAUGAUGGGCAAAUACCUAUUUUCAUGCAAACAUCGCCCAAGUAGGUGACAGCUAAAUUAAUGAAAGAUCUGAGGGAAAACGCUCUUCUUUUUGGAUUCAAAAAGAUGACUGCUUAAAAGCUUAUCGAGAUACGAGAUUAUGUGGACUCUAGAAUGGAAUUAUGGGAACCUGACCUAAAUCAAUCUCUUGAGUUGCAAGUUAAAAAAAUCGAGGAGUUACUAAAUGAUGGAUACACUUUUGAGAUAAAUGAUAAACUUAAAAAUGACAAAAAUUUCUAAAGGAUUGUCGCAAAAUUAUUGACCAAGAAGGAUAGCAAAUCUUCACAUAAUGCUAGUUUUAUUAAUCAUAGUCCAAGUGUAUCCACUAACUUAAAUUCUGGAAUAGUACUUCCUUCGAUUAAUACCAAAGGAAAUCAAAAUUACAGUGGAUUCAAUACCUCAAUGUCAAAAGACUAUCCAAAUGUAAAUAGCAAUAGCAUAAGUGUAAGUUUCCGAGACUAAGAUGAGCUCAAUUAAGAUCUAAAGAUUGGCAUAUCUACCAUCUAAUCUUCUGUGCUAAGAGGAGGUGAUUAAAAUUAAACAUUGACUAUAGAAGACUAAAGUGUAAUGGUAACUCUUAGAGAUUCAGAGAUAGGCUAAGCGAGUACUACUCAUAUCAAUCCUUUUAAAAAGAGAGAGAUAAGAUCUCUUUCUAAGCUUAAACCAAAAUCUUAAAAUAAUUCUCCAAUCAAACUUGAAAAAAUACGAACUAGAGAUAGAGGGGAAACUCCUUAGCUUAGUCCUGAGCAAGAACUAAAGAGCAAGAAUUUUAAGAUUAAAAAGUUUGAGCUAAAAUAGAUAAUUGAACAAUGCUCGCCAAGAGAAAGGGAAGAACUGAUCGGAAUAGGUGCCUAAAUUGAAAAAAUUAAGGAGGAGUAUGAUGGUGAAAACGAAGAGAUCUCUAGAUGCCUUGAUAUCUAUCAAGAAUAGCUCUUAGUCGGAUUAUCUGAUAAUAAAUUGCAAAAUAUCGCUUAGAUAUAGGAGAAUAAAAGGAUCUAAGAAAGUGAUAAUUAUGACAACUUUUUGAGUCCUGAAAUAAUCGCUCAACUCAAGUCAUCAGAUAAAAAACGAAUUCAGACUUUAAUCAAGAGCAAAAAGAAGAAGCUAUGGAAGCCCAACAGACUCGAGUUAAACAGAACCGUUAAAAAUAUGAUUGAUAAGAGCGAAGUAUAGUGA